UCCAAAGGCUGGUUCUGUAGUUAAGAGACCUUUCAGCUUCUUUUCUUCGGUCACAGUGAACUAACUCUCUGGCACCCAUCCCCUUCUUCUAUAUAUGCAAAGAAAAAUCAUAGUCUUCGCUUAUCUCUUUGCCUGCGGAGAAGAAUCUGCUACAGCUGAUCAUGGCCGGGAAUGUUCCUCCAACCAUCCUGUUUAAGGACAUAUGCUCCUUGGGGCGGAAAUCACACAUUGCCUACAUUAAAGAGAUGUCUACCGCUCUGCAGAGUCUUGGCGUUCCUGCUAGCGUGUUCCAGCCUGAAACCUAUCUGCUGCGUGGCUACACUAGUGCCUUGUUCGCUAAGCGGCUUCGUCCUUUACUGAACUACAAUGAUGCUGUUAAGUUAGAGCGUGUGCUGAAGAUCGGUAUCCAUCACCAGCAUUUCGAUAACUACCGCAGUGCAUCAGGUGAGCAAUUCUACCAUUUCCUCGAAUUCUUGAGGACUCCCGCCGGCCAGAACGCCCUGUCUCUAGUUGCUCAGCAGGACAGGCUCGCCCGGAGGGGCGGGGAGCAUUUUACCGCGCAGGAGAUGGGCUGGAUCGCCAUGUUUGAAGCCCAUCGCAAUGACCUCAAUGGGCGGCUAGACGAUGUUCGUCGUGAUCAUCAAGUUGUCAUUAAUGACCUUGAGCUUCAGCUGAGUGAAGCCCGUCACCAGCUUGAGACUGACUUGGCCCGGAUCAAGCGGAAGCACUUUCCUGCGAGUCUCUACACACCACUCUGCGAUGUCGACUUCAAUAAGGCGUGUUGGACUGAGUACACGCUUGAAUGUCGUCGGCAGAAGCGGCUACCUGUUGAUCUCCCUUUCUUCCGCCCAUGAUGCUGAGAUGAAGUUUGGCGACCAGGUUGAGAAGCAACACGUUGUUGAUUUCCUCGAUGUCGGCAAUCGCAAGAAGCAGCUCCAGGAUUACAUCGGCCGACGGUCGACGAAAUAAAAUAUCUUCCCGUGGAUAUCAGUCUCAGUUUAAAAACAAAACACCACAUGUAAACAUUUUGAGCUAGGUUGGUGUUGUAGUCGUAGUCGACCUGAA